AGCUUAAUGAGAGAUUUGUGCAGGACUAAGGGGAGGGGGCAGGGAGUGUAUCACUGAGCUGCAAUAUAUAGGGCAGUGUAACAAGAGGGAGAGACAGCAAUCCACAGGUAUCUGCUCAUGAUCCAGGUUAGUUUCCUCAACAAAGAUAUUUUGCUAAGGAAAGGCAUUUAGAUUCUGCACACACACUGUCUAAGAUAAAUGUCCUUCUUUUUACACCUUUGCCAGUUCUGCAUCCUAUUGAGACAUGUCCAGUGUGGACUGGUAGAUUUUAUUGCAAUCAUCUACAGGCUGGAGUAGAAGGAAAGUCCUAUCACUUCCAUCCCAUAAUCCUCCUGACUCAGCCCUGAACCACUUUUCCAUCACAUCUGCUGCAGGUUGAGGUACCUGGGAGUACUGCAUUAGCUCUUCUGAUUUUAUAUGGUUGACCUGUGUCAUCUGACAGGGGGGAGUCCUGGAGAUUAUCCCAGUCUCAGUAGCCACAUGACUGUUAAUGCUGGACCAGCUCGCUUUUAAAAGCAGGAUGCUGACUCUUUAGGACCACAGCUGAACAAGCUCUGAUAAGGAGAAGGAGCAAGAGACAAGAUUCAGGGCAAGAUACAAAGUAUCAUCAUUUCUCUUUCAAGACUCUCUUUGUGAAGCUUCAUCUCAGAUGGCUCCCAGGUCCCAGAGAGAAGGUAUCUGCUUCUACCUGCUAACCAUGCUAGGUGCUUGGGCAGUUUCUACUCAAGGAGACGUAAAAAAAAACGAAUGUCCAUCUUGUGGAGUCCAGGACAAAGAUGUAAUGAUAGAACUAGCUAAGCAGCAAAUCUUAGAGAAGUUACACCUCAAGGAAAGACCCAACAUCACCCACCCAAUCCCCAGGGGAGCGGUAGCUAAUGCACUACGCAGACUGCACCUAACCAAACCAAAAAUGGAAGGUCUGUUUGGCUCCACCAGCUGGGACAGUAACACAGACAGCGUGGGGAUGGACCAACAGAGCUAUGAGAUCAUAAGCUUUGCAGAAUCAGAAUAUAUCAAUGGAUCAGGUACUAUACUGAAUUUUCAGUUUGCAAGAGAUGAAGAGCAAAAUGUGCAUGUUCUCCAGGCACAUCUGUGGAUCUUUCUCAGAUCUAACAGGACUACGCAGCCCAACCAAACAUUAAAAUUGUAUCUGGUCCAAGAAGAGUUUUCUCAGCGUACAUUGAUAAGUGAAAGAACCCUGGAACCAAGAUGGACAGGCUGGCAAACAUUUUCAUUGAAACAAAUGCUACAAAAAGUCUUUGAUGGAGGAAACAGAAGUUUACAACUAGAACUCAACUGUGAGGGUUGUGAGGACAUGCCAGUCCUGGCCAACCCCGAUGACUCACAUCAGCCUUUUCUGGUUGCCCAAGCUAAAGUAAGGGAGAGAAACCAUCAUGCCACCAAAAGAAGUCUCAAAUGUGAUCAGAACUCCAACCUGUGUUGCAGGAAAGACUUUUAUGUACACUUUAAGGACAUUGGGUGGAAUGAUUGGAUUAUAAAACCAGAGGGGUACCAGAUUAAUUACUGCAAGGGUCUCUGCCCAUUGCACAUAGCUGGUGCCCCAGGCAUGGCUGCAUCAUUCCACACAACUGUCUUAAAUAUCAUAAAGGCCAACAAUGUACAGUCAGUGGGCAACUCUUGUUGCGUUCCCACUAAAAGACGGCCUCUUUCCAUGCUUUUCUUUGAUGGAAACAGCAAUAUUGUAAAGACUGAUGUUCCAGAUAUGAUUGUGGAAGCUUGUGGGUGCAGCUAACAGCCUCCAAAGACUUCCAAAUUUAAAUAAAUACAGAGAGAAGCUGGCUUGUCUCGUAGGCAUUUAGAUCUGGCAGAAAAGAGAAGAAUAAACACCUAAAUGCCUCAAAAUCAUUUGCACAAAUUAUACAAUUGCAAGAACUUCCAUCACUUGCCCAGUAGGUCAUUUCUUAUGAUGAUGAUAGUGAUUGCAAUAUCUUCAGCUAGAUGAAUGUAGCGAUCUGAGCAACCUGUUCCACGAUUCUUGUGGCCAUAUUGACGUUACACCAUCUUUUGGUAUGUCCAGGCCUUUUACAAAUGGACAAAGAACUGCUGCUGCUUUGAUUGGACUACUUCCAAAAAUAUGAAUAUACUGCACACCGAGCUGUAGAUCGCUUACCAAAGAUUAUGCACUUAAGUUUUAUAUUAUAAAGACAGAUGUGAUAGGCCUCCAUCCAUUGAAAUCAUGUUACAAUUCCUAAGUGACAAGGUAAAGGUCUGGAUGGAAAUGAAGAGUCACUAUGGACAUUGAGCAAUAUAUGUCUUUUAUGAUAUAUUUCCAAAGACUUUAUUUAAAUAAUGAUUUUGCUGAACCUUGAAUGUUUUUUUUCCAAGUGCUGAUUGCCUGGCUUUACCAGACCACAAGCAUGUGAUGUAUGACACUACCACUGUUUAUUGUAUUUUAUAAUAUAUUUGUAUAUAUUAUUUUUAU